AUGGCGUUCUGGGUGGACUGGGAGCUAUGGGAGAAGCUGAGCGUGGUACUGGCUAUGCUGAUCGGCCUGGUGCUCCUUUAUGCCUUUUGCGUCCUCGGCUGGAACCGCUGGAUGAUGAGUAAAUAUGCCGCGGCAGAGGCUAAACAACGAGAACAUGAAGCAGAGGUGUACCCGAUGCUGCAUAAGGAUGACAUCCCUUUCGGUGCCAGAGCCUUGGAAAGAGGAGUAGAAGUUGAAGGAAUCUGGGUUUCAGAUCCCAACACACCCAUGCAAAGUCCAUGUCAGCCUGCAACUCCAGCCGGAAGUCGACCAGUCAGUCCAGCCCUAAGGUCGCUGCAUAAAACUAUUGAUACCCCCAGGUCCUCGGUGGGAUCUCAGAGUUCCAUGAUCAGUCCAAAGCCCAUACCGCCGGCUGCUCGACGGGCAGUUGUUUCCGAGCUCGACCUAGCUUCCGCAGGCUUCACCUAUGAGACACAAAGACCCAGUGCACUUUAUAGUCGAGCCAGUCUGCCCAUCGCCCAAAAUGCCAUGCGCAUGUCACCUGCACAGGAGGAGGCACUGGUCGGCAUGAAGGACACGACAGUUAGCGAAAAGCGUGCUAGCUUCCCUACGCGACUAUUCGGCACAACAUCUAAUCUCGACACGAAGCACUACCGAGUAGGAUUGGAUGGCACCAAUGAUGACAUGGAUAAUGUCCCGGCCAUGAGCUCGUCGUCUUCUGGUAUUUCAUCGGAGACCAAGCGGUCCUCACAAUCCACGAAGCGUCCUCGCCGGCGAUCAUCCGAAGAAUUCCGACGCAGAAUGAGUCAGAUAUUCAACGAUAAUAUCCAAAUGGGGGUGCCAGCCGAACAACUGGAGUUCAAUCCGGCUCUGCGUCAGUACCAGAGACGGUUCCGGAAGUCGAUGCUUCGUCCUUUUCGUCCGUGGGCUAACUCUCCUGUAAAUGAAUCGUAG